ACCUUCCACUGACUGUAUUCUCGAUUCAUUGCCUUCACUGUCUGAUGCAAAAAUAUCAUUGCUUCUUCACAGAUUCACAAGCAUAUCAACUUCAGGUCUGGCACUUACAGAAGCAUUAAUUACUUGGAUAGUAAAUGGGAUAGUAACAAGUUUAUCAACAGAUACAUUAACCUGGGCAUCAUUUGGUUUCACACAAGGGGCAUCAAACUCUUUCACACAAGGGGCAUCAAACUCAGUAGGAACAUCACAAGCAGGGGCACCCAAAGGUUUCACUGUUAACCAGGUUGUGGUUAUACCAAUGUUGUUUUCAUGUGAGCUUUGGAAACUGGAGCUUACCAAAAUUCACCUUCCAUUUGCAUCCCCCAUGGCACGUCAUUAAAACAAUAUCACUGUGUUGGGGGAUCGGGAAGAAAU